GGGCCUGACUCCCCCUGGCCGGUGCUGGCUUGUGUUUUGGGAGAAGAUGUGCACGUCUUCUCCUCCCCUCCCCCUCCCCGGGAGCCCUGGCUGAUGGCUCAGGCUGCUGGCGACCAGUAAGCUGGGAGGCUGAGGAAGUGGGCCUGGGACUUCUCGCCUUUGAAAACUCCCUGACGCUGACUGCUCGGGUUUUUCUUCCUCUUCUGCUUCUGAUGACAUUUUUGGAGUGAAAUAAUGAUGUCCUGGUACCAGCUGGAGCGGUAAAUGAACACUUUGACUGAUCUCGACAUCUUUCUUGAGACCUGAUUUGUCUCAAAAAUCCCAAGAGGUCCCUGGAUGUUACAGGUUAGAGCCCUCUGGACCACCGAGGACUGUACUCAGCCCAGGAAGUAGCUGCUGCCGCUUGACAACCUCCCAGGCACCUUCUCCUCCCAGGGGCAUGGGCACCCGUGAUGCUGUCCCCCCAGCUAAGGUUCUGGCUCCAGUGGCUGUGUACUGUGGGAGCGUCCCUCGGAGCAGGGCAGGGCCCUGCGCACUCCCGGGUGGAAGCAGCAACGCCAGCCUGCAGACUUACAGAGAAGCCUCUCUCCAGCCAGCGCCGAGCAUCCUGCUGGAGAAGCCAGCCCCACUGUUGAGUGGAGAUGGAGACCCUGGCAACCUCAAGCUGGGCACUCCCCUGAAGGGCUGGCAGGCCAGGAAUGGCCACCCCAGGAUCCCGGGGGACCUGUCUCUGCGGCCCCACCCUCUGGGACCCCUCCCCUUGCUGGAGUCCGAGGCCAACAGCGUGGCUCGGGACACCACCCAGAUCAAGGACAAGCUCAAGAAAAGGAGGCUCUCGGAUGGCUUGGCAGUGUCUUUGCGAGCCUCUCUGGAUCUUGCGGGAGGCCCCAGAGGAGUUCCCCUGAGGAGCACCAUCCCCCGGGGCCUCUCCCAGAGGCUGCUGAGGAUGCCCAGGCCCAUGCCUCCCAUCCAGAGCAUCCCUGCCACCCCCGAGACCAGCAUAAUGAAAGAGCAGGACCUGGACCCGCCAGGGAGCAGUCAGGCUGCCCAGGAGCUGAGGCCUGGUGCCCAGGAGGUGCAGAUCUCCCGGCAGUACCUGCACUGCAACGAUGAGAAGAUGCACAAGUCACUGGGGGGCAUUGUCAUCCCGCCCAUCCCAAAGGCCGAGGUGCCCCCUGGGACCUCCUCCUGUGCAGCUGGGUCCCUUCCCAGCCUCCUGCCUCCAGGCCAGGAUGUCCUCGUGGGCCCGAGGGUGCCCCCCACACGAUUGGUUCUGGAGAGUGGGCCUUGGGAGAAGACCCCUCAGUCUCUGGAGCCAAAACCUUUGGCCCCAUCCAUCAGAGACAGGUCUGCUGCCCCUGAGAAGCCUGCCCUGCCCUCAUCUCAUUCUGCUCCUACACUGACAGCCUUCUUCAGCCAUGCGAAAGAGGCCCACCCCUUGCUGAAAGAGGUGGAGCAAAAGGGCAGCAACAGCAAGAUCCAGGUCACCAUUUCCAAGUCUGCCCAGGAGAAGAUGCGGCUGAAGCAGAUGAAGGAGAUGGAGUUGUUCCAGAGGGUGAAGGAGCCCGAGAGGGAGUGGGAGCUUGCUUCCCAGAGCCUGGGCUCCCGGAGAACCUUGGCAAAGGAAGGCCUCCUUCCCCUCCGGGGCAGCGGGACCCUGUCUGUGCCCACUGGGCUGAGCAGCCCACGCAGAAACAACAUCAGUGCCACCCUGAGGAAGCGGGCCAACCGGGCCUCACUCCCCUGCAUCCCUGUCAGCAAGCAGGAGCCCAGCUUUGCCCGCCAUGCAUCAGCUAACUCAUUACCUGCCGUGCUGACUUUGGGGUCUCCUGAAUGGGAAGAAGAGGAGGAGGAGAUGGACCUCAGAGCCUUUAAGGAGUUGAGGCCUUUCUCGAACCCUGAGCUGGGGCUGCUGGAGGCCCUCCAGUGCCUGGACAGCAGCGACUGGCAGAUGAAGGAGAAGGGUCUGGUGAGCAUCCGGCGCCUAGCAGCCUGUCACUCCGAGGUCCUCCCCGGGAGGCUGCACGACGUGUCCUUGGCCGUGACUGGGGAGGUCACCAACCUCCGCUCCAAGGUGUCACGCCUGGCCAUCAGCACCCUGGGAGACCUCUUCCGGACCUUGAAGAAGAGUAUGGACCAGGAGGCCGAGGAGAUUGCCCGCUGCCUGCUGCAGAAGAUGGGGAACACCAGCGAGUUCAUCCAGAGAGCGGCCAACCGGUCACUGGGGGCCAUGGUGGAGCAUGUGACCCCUGCUCGCUCCCUGGUGGCCCUCACCUCGGCGGGGGUCUACCACCGAAACCCCUCAGUCCGGAAGUGCACUGCCGAGCACCUGUCAGUCAUCCUGGAGCAGAUUGGUGCUGAGAAGCUUCUCUCUGGCCCCAGGGACAGCACAGACAUGCUGAUGCACAACCUGGUGAGGCUGGCCCAGGACUCCAACCAGGACACCAGGUUUUAUGGACGAAAGAUGGUGAAUAUCUUGAUGUCGAAUGCAAAGUUUGAUGCAUUUCUGAAGCAGUCUCUCCCAUCUCAUGACUUGCAGAAGGUCAUGGCGGCCAUUAAACAGCGGGGAAUUGAAGAUAGAGAUGAACUUCCAUCUGCCAAAGGCCACAAGGUGUCAAGAAGUCUGGUGGUGGGUGAGAACGGGCUUCCCAGCGAGGACAGGCCCAGCUUCAAUGGCCCUCGGCCGGUGGGGCUGCGCUCGUCCUUGCGGGGUGGCUUGGCAAUGGGUGAGCAGCUGCGGGAGGUGAUGCGGCUGCUGGAGGCCAAAGAGUACCAGUCCCGGAUGGAAGGCGUGGGGCGGCUCCUGGAGCACUGCAAGGCCAGGCCCGAGCUGGUCACCGCCAACCUGGUCCAGGUCUUUGAUGCUUUCACCCCAAGGCUUCAGGAUUCCAACAAGAAAGUGAACCAGUGGGCACUGGAGUCGCUUGCCAAGAUGAUCCCCCUCCUCAAAGAGAGCUUGCUCCCCAUGCUGCUGUCCAUCAUCAUCGCUGUGGCAGACAACCUCAACUCCAAGAGUGCAGGGGUGUAUUCUGCUGCAGGGACCACACUGGACGCCUUGAUGGAGAGUCUGGACAACCUUUGCCUCCUACAAGCAUUUGCUGGGCGGGUGCGUUUCCUGAGUGGCCGUGCGGUACUUGAUGUCACAGAACGUCUGUCUGUGCUGGUGGCCUCGGUGUACCCCCGAAAGCCCCAGGUGGUGGAGCGCCACGUCCUUCCGGUCCUCUGGUACUUCCUGAACAACAUGAUUGGCAGUGGCAUCCUGCCCGGGCAUGGCGGGAACGUCCGCCCAGUGGUGUGCCGACUGUCCAGAAGUCUCCAGGAACAGAUGGGCUCCAGGCUGCAGGACUUGGCCGCUGGCCAGCCAAAGCAAGUCCUCAAAACGCUGCAGCAACUCUUAGACACGGAAUCCCUGUGAGGCAGUCCCGAGGCCCCCAGCAGAGGGAUGGUACCAGGCAGCAAGACAAUCGGCAGCUCACGCCCCUUUCAGCAGGAUGAAAGACAGAUCUGAAAUGGGCGAUCAUUUUUUUAUCUUAUUUUUAUGAUGGAAUAAUCACCUGGUAUACUUUCCCUUAGAGUUCCAGAUGUACAUAGUAUAUUUUGAAGUAGAAAUAAAAUAAUUACUUAUUUUU